AUGUGUGUAGUCUGGUUACAAAAUAAUGACAGAGAUCUUGUUUUAUUAAUUGACUUUUUAGGUAGCAAAGAUCAAAAUCGUGGUGGCAAAUUUGAAACAUACUUUAAAAGUGAAACACAUACAUCAUCUUUACAACGUUAUUUGAAGUUUCGACAUCGUCAAAAUAAUAUUGAUAUUCUAUUAGAUAAAAAAAUACAAGAAAAACAACAGCAAAAAGUUCAAUUAGCCAAAUCAAAUGAAGAAGCUAUUAAAAUACUAAUUGCGCGUGCUCGUUAUUUAGCACGUCAAGAUAUAGCAUUUAGAGGACAUACGGAUGAAGAAAGUAAUUUUGUUCAACUUGUUAAUUUAUUAUCAAGACAUAAUCCUGUUUUACAACAUUGGUUAAAUGAAACUAAAAAUCGUUCAUAUACAGUAAUUAUUUUUUACAUUGUCAUUCUAAAAAAUAUAGUUUUAAUAGCUUUCCUGUCCAUUCUCCAUUCAUCAUAA